AUGAUCCAUACAAUCUUCAUGCCUAUUACGGUUGUACAAGGGCACCCAGAAUUGAACAUACCACAUGUAGACAACAACAGGCAAUAUCAGGCCGUAAAGCGCAAUUUCCUUCGUCGCACGAAAGCUACAGCUUCACCAGAGGCUGCGGAGACGACACCCAUAGACAUCACAGAUACCACAACAAACAAGUACACAAGACGCGGGAACUCAAAAUUCAAACUACGAAAAGAAUUGCCGAAAAUUGUUGAGAAAAACGAGAUUGAAAAGCGGCCAUCUUUGAAUGGCGACGCGCGGCGUAGUGAGCGCUUGCCUGCUACUCGCAAGUUUGUCUCGCGCCGUCGAUUUGGAGGGGCUAACAGCAACUGUGAGUCCGGUUUUAGCUAUUUAUGUUUAUUUUCUGACUUAGUCUAUAACAGCAUGUAUGGAAAGUUGGAUGGAAAUUCGCGGUAA